GAGCUUCCUGUCUCUGUAAUGAUGAGGUAUAUGUAGCUUUUGGGAAAUGUGAGCGUGUCCCUUUAGACACACAUUUGUCCAGUUUCACUUGAUGUUGUUUUAGAAAACACAUUAAACGGAAGAUGGCUUACUUAACAAACAACCCUGCUGAUGAAACCAGGUUUCUGUGUAUAUAUCCAGCCUACAUUAACAGUAAAAAGAGCUUAGCAGAGGGUCGAAGAAUACCACAAGCAAAGGGUGUGGAUAAUCCUUCGUGUGCUGAAAUCAAGGAUGUACUCACUGCAGCUGGAUUGAACGUCAGACUUGAGAACAAGCUGUAUCCAAGGGAAUGGAAUAGAGAUGUACAGUUCAGAGGAAGAGUGCGAGUUCAAAUCAAACGAGACGAUGGAAGUUUGUGUCAAGACAAAUUUACCUCUAAAAAAGAUGUCAUGCUCUAUGUGGCCGAAAUGAUUCCAAAGCUAAAGACAAGAACACAGAAGAGUGGAGGAAGUGACACAGGAGCGCAACAAGGAGAAGGAGGGAAGAAAGGGAAGAAGAAGAAGAAGUAACUAUAUGCCCCCGAAGUUAGUUUACUCAUACAAACAUUAUAUUGAUCUUUACGGUUGCUUAUGAUUCUUUUGCAUGUCUUGACAAUAAAGAAACCUACACCAGGCCUUAACAGAUCUGCCACUUUUCAACGUUCAAGUUUUACGUAUAUGAUCAAUGUUCAUCGUUAAAUCGAAUGUAAAAUGCAAGCGGCAACACAUUUUUAUUUUAAACCUCCUCAUUUCUGAUGUUUGUAUUGUUUGUUAUAUUAAACAUCUCAAAUGAAUGCAAAUUGUUAAACAUUUUGUUGAUGUAAUAAUUGGAGUCAGUUGCACUUUGGUUGUUUUUCAGAAGUUGUAGAGUAUUUUUUCAUACAACAGCAAAUAAACAUGAAAUACAUCAGCAA